AUGACAAGCUCGUACGACUACGCCCUGACCGACUUCGCCUCUUACUUGUUAGUUAAUUUGUUACACAUUUGUUUAGAGAGAGCUCAUCGAUAGGAUUCCAGAGCGGAUGUGGAGCAAAACUUCGGCAAGAAAUUCUUAACAGUUAUUGAGACUUUCAGUGGUUCAAGGUGGCUUGUUUUUGAGAAAGGGCCACAUUUUCGAACGUUUCAGAGUAGAUUUGCCUAUGAAGCGGUUCGACGAGAUCGCGAAAGUUCAUGACCGUGCAUCUCGUUAUUUGAGAAAGUCGAUUGAUGUAAGAAAAAGCGACAGUCUUAAUCUCUGGAAACUGUGCAACGUCUACUCUCUUGUGGCUUUAGAAAUGGACAAGGUUCUCAGUAGAAAAAAAUAUUUUUUUAAAGGCUAUGAAAGACACGCGAGAUAUCCUGCGUAAAAAUUGAAAAGGAAUCUCCGCCGUCCAUUCCUUGUGAGAAGCCCAAAUCGGGCGUUAGAAGGUUAGCCAUAUUCAAUUUUUCAGAAAUUUUGACUUUUUGACUCUCAAAAAGACCUAUUCUAAGUUUAGAUUCAUAGACGACUACCGACCUUCUCGACGUAUUGCUUUGCAAGAUUCGAGCAAUUUGAAAAAGAUGAGAAGCCGGUGACAAAAAGUUCAAUAUUUUUGUGCGACUCUAUUUAUUGGGCGUAAGGUUUCAGGAUAAAACCGAAUUGGAUGAAGCGUUUCCUGAAAGACGAACGAAAACAAGAAAAACUGCCUAGGUUGGAGCCCGAAAAGAAUAUUAGAGCUAGGGUCCGCAAGCUAUUUCUUCAGAACAAUUCAAAAAAAUAUGUUUUUUUACAUUGUUCGAUAGAGGAGACUGUCCAUUUUUCCUAAUCCGUUUAGUUUUUGAAAAAAGGUUCACUAAGAAAAAAGUUAUGGCCAAAAAACUGGCGCGCGCGGCGUACAACUGGAGGCAAAAUCUCACGGUUUACCCGCUGCCGCACGCUUUCUUUUUAAAUGUUUUUGCGCAUUUCUGAACCGUUUUCAAAUCGGUUUUUUGUUCUAAAAGGUUGCCCGAACUGAGCUUCAUGUUUUGGUAUAAAUCUUUUGUAUAACUCUCAUAAGAAUUUUUUUGAUAAAAUAUCAAAAAAACUACUUAGAAAAAAAGGUCAGAAGGAAUUUUUCAGCUUAUUUUUCUUUUUUCUAAUCAGAAAAAAAUUAUUAUCUUUCGAUUUGGAAAAAAAUAAAAAAAUGAAAAAAAUAAUGUUAUUUCGAAAUAAAACAGGAAAAAUGAGCCAUUUGACUCCGAAAAACGGCUCCUGCAACAUUUAAAAUGGCACAUCGGUGUGUUUGACGCAAACACAGCUACGAACGCUUGCACGAAUUCUCCCAAAAUUUCAAAAAAAAUUGCCAUUUUUUCGAGGUUUUGAAAGCCGUUAUUUUUUUCGCGUCGUUAGAUUUUUUUCAUAAUUUUUCCAUUGAUAGAGUUUUGAACGCUUAAUAACAUAAGCAAAAGUAUAGACGCGAUCCUAUUCUCUCAUGCGUCAACGAGGCAGACGAAAAAUGGAGGUUUUGGUAAAAUUCAAAUAUAAUUUGAUUCGCUGUCCCAAUAAUUAUUUCCAUUCUGAAUUUUUUUAUUUUUUGAACACAUUGUGAGUUUUUUUAAAUCAAAUGAAAAGUAUACCUUGUCGCUGAAAUUUUUUUCGCAUUUCAGCUUCAAAGUUUGGUGUCACUUUACAAGCUUCGAUUUUUUUCGCGUCGUUAGAUUUUUUUAAAAAUUUUUUUACUCAAAAAAAUAAAGAAAGUGUUAAUAAGUAAGAUACUCAAAAUUUGGAAGCGAUCCUCACUUGGUUUUCUGAAACGCGACGAUUUUUGUGAAACUUGUCAGUUUUUUUCGAGUUAAAUCUUACUUUUUUUCGCUUAUUUUUUUGAAAAAAAUACAUAGUUUAAAAAAAUAUUCAGUCUUGUAGAGCGUUGUCGAUUACAUAGAUUAACAGAAACAGUUUAUUUUUUUAAAGUGGAACUUUAGCUAGUAUAAACGCCUCAAAAACCGUUUCUGCAACAAAAAAAUCGUCAUUUUUGGUGGCGUGAAGGGGCGGGGCUUUGCGCCCCCUAAUUAGAGCGAAGCGGCAAAAAGUCAAGGCUCCAUUUCUAAUUGUGUAGGUUUCAGAAAUCCAGCAACUACAAGAGAUUCGAACGAGGCAAUGGCAGAAGCGCAAUCAUUGCCGUCUGAAGCGAUUAACCUUCCCGUGAGAUUUUAUUUCCAAAAAAUAGGGCCGCAGAGAGAUAUUUUAAAAUCAGAACGAAAUCUGAUCAUUUUCAAAUUUUGAAAUUAUUUUGAAACGUCAUGUUUGAAAUUGAAAAAUUCAAAACCGAAUCUGGCACAGUCGACCAAAUCAGAAGAAAUCAAGCAGAAGGUUAGUUUUUUUGUUAUUAUUCGAGUGGUAUACAAAAAGAAGUGCCGCUAAAGUGAGAGUAGGGCAGCAAUCAGAACUUUUCAAGUUAAAGAAAAACAGUAGAAAAUCUAACCACAUUUCAAUUUAUUUAACAUCUCCAUGGAAUCGAUUUGUUCACAGGAGAGGUCAUUCUACUUUGCGGUUGGGAAUUACUUGAAAAUUGGCCAGAGAACUUCUUGAUAUACCAGCUGAAGAUCCUGAAAGUCUAAAAACAUGCACAACUCCCCUAGUUUUCGAAAAAUAAAGGCUCAAACCCUCAAAAAUAGCCUAUUUUUUUGGUGGUAUAAAAACCAGCAAAAUUUCAAACGGCGACUUUUUCUGAUUUUUUUCAUAUCGCUAAGGAACUUUCCGACGGCCACCUUCCUGACGAAUCCUUUUUCCGACAUUUUUCUUGAUAAACUCUUCGUUUUGAAUCUUCCAAUAUAAACAAGGUAGUUUAUGCAUGAUAACACGAAGAAAUAGGAAAAAAAGGUUAAUAGAUGUUUUACAAAACCGAAAAGUACAAGGGAAAAAAAGUCGAAAAGCGAUUCGUCGGAAAGUUCCCUAGCGAUAUGAAAAAUCGGAAAAAGUCGCCGUUUGAAUUUUCGCUGAUCUCAUACUACCCUAUUUUUAUGGAUUUUAGGGGUUUUUGACUUUGAGCUGUCGUUUCUCAAAAACGAGGGAGUUGUGCAGGUUGAAACUCCCAGAAUCUUUUUAUGGUACAUCAAAAAGCGUUCUGGUCAGUUUCCAGAAAAAUCUCAACAGCAAAGUAAAACGACCUUCCUUGUCAUAAAAGCGCCGUUUUCCCGGUUUUUCUGUGAUGAAGAUCUUCGGAACCGAAACCUUUUAGAGUUGGACGAGCUAUAAAGAAGAGGCGACGGUGAGUCAAACGGAAAGUUUGUCUGCCAUGCGGCCUCCGAGGCCGCCUCGUCCUUCAGCUCCUCUUUUUGUGACUUCUGGCUAUUUGAGCAACAACCAGACGCCUAGAAACAACCCAGAGACGACUCUCAUCAGUUGGGGUGAGAGCUUUUCGCUAAAAAUAUGUAAAAAUGUCAAUGUCGCCAAAAAAUCAAACUAUUCGUCAAUCAAAUUUCGAUUAAUGCCAACCCACAAGUUGACAAAACCGACCUACAUUUCAAAAUGAAUACUUUCAUUGUCUUUUAUCGCUUUUUUUGUUUAAUUUCUCUACUUUUUGAAGAAGAUGAUCAACCAACGCCGGCCGCAAGUCAACGAAACGCUAAAGUCCAGCAGAAAACGACAGCUCACGGAUUUUCGCCUGAAUUCAGCUCGAAACCAAGUUUUACUAGGGCAGGUCUGUUCGACUUACAAACGACUGCUAAUUUAUAUAUAUAUAUAUAUACAUAUAUUCCAUGCCUCUAAAAAAAUAAAUAUAUAACGGAUUAUUCGCAGCAGACACCGUCUCUGAAUCUGUCAUAAUUGAAAAUCACAUCUAGAAGAUGAGAAAUACUGGAAAAUUCUGAAUUUUUUAGUCUUUGAAAAACAUAUACCUUGAUAUGUUAGGUAGGUCUCGAAAAAUCUAGAAAAUUUUAGAUGUAUAUUCGCGAAAAAAUGGCUUUUUUGCAGAUGGCGAAAAAACUCCGGAUGCAGGAGCAAGUUUUUCCUUUUUCAGCUGACAAAAAGCGGCAGCAACCGCACAAGAAAAAGCGACAAAACUCGGUAUCUUUUUGAGAAAGUUUGUUCAAAGUGUACUUCAUCUUUGGUUCAUACGAGCGAAAGUCAUGUCGGAGGUCCACCGACAUGAGUUUUUCUACCAAAAAGCUUUUUUUGUCUUUUUAGAUGCAGUCCUUGAUAUCCAAUCGAGUGGUUUUUAAUUCAACAUCCAUCAUAGUUUUAACUUGAUUUUUCGAUUUUUAAGUAUAUCUUCAAUGAUUAUUUUUUUGUGAAAAAAAGGGAUCGAGACACAAGUAGAGAAUGUAACGAUGAUUUAAGGAUGAAGUGCCGCCAACCCUGAUUUCGAUCGACUGCACUCCACCAGUUCCAACCAUGCGAUCAUACUUUUCCAAAGUGAGCUGAAUUUUGAUUUGUUUAUUUAUAUCACUCAAACACAUUUCUGUCUCAAAUGUGAAAACCCAAUGAAACCUAACUGAUUAUGCAGAUUGAACCGCUGCAAGCCAAAAGCAGGGUUGGAAUAGUACUAGAAGACGUAGAUCCGAGGAGACGUGCGACGUCCCAGAAGAUGAACGGCUCAAUGACCUCAACGACGACGACGACAUCAACGGCUUCGCAGAACCAAGAAUACAUCGUCGUCAACAAUGUCACAAACUUCGCAGUCGAACCGGAUAGGUUGGAAACCAAGCAAUUUGUUUUCGAGUUUGAAAAAUUUUAUUUAAUUCAAGCCAAAUAGUUUGAAUUUACUCAAGUGUUCAAUUUUCAGAGCAACCUAUGCGCCACCAUCUUUGGGACCAUAA